UUGGGAAAGAUCACUGCUCUUGAAGAACAGUUGUCUGCUCAUCUGUCAAAGUGUACACCUUGUUCACCGUGUACACAACGAUCUAUAGGCUGUCAGAUAUCGCCAAAAUCGAAACCUUCAGUUACUCUGAGAUCAAGUCGAAAUCAUUCAGUCACUUUAUCGCCUGACAUGAAUGAUGUCUCUUCUUCUUCUUCUUCAAGAAGUAGUGUCAGCAAAUCCUUUAAUGGCACAAUACAAUGGCUUCAAACAGCAUCCAAUUCAGUGGACAAGGAUACACCAAAAAUUUCUAACAAACUGGAGAUUAAUAAAUGUCAGGCUGUCAACUCGCUUUCCUCUCAAAGGUAA